AUGGGCAGGGAGAAGAAGAAGAAGAUGCUUGUUCUGCAAAAACCUAUUCCCUUAAGUUGUCAGAUUGCUGUACUCCUUGCUCAUUGCUCUCACGGCAUUGGAUCUGGUAUUAUGUUAGCAUUUCCUUCGGUGCUGAACCCAGCUAUUAUUUCUUCUAACAGCACAGAUAUCACAGCCACAUCGCAACAAGCGUCAUGGAUAGCUGCCAUACAUGGAUUUUCGGGUUUGGUCGGAUUUCUUAUAGUUCCACCGCUAAUGCAAAUCUUAGGUCGUCGAAUAACGAAAGUUUUCCUUAAUAUUGUAGUUCUAUUAGGCUUUUUAAUCUUUACUUUAGCUGAAAGCGUAAUAGCUCUAUAUAUGGCAAGAACAAUCCAAGGCCUUUCAAUUUGUGCAGUUUUUAUUGCGCCAAUAAUAUUAGCAGAGUAUGCUCAUCCAAAACGAAGAGGAUAUUUUGUUACACUAAAGAAAAUUUCAAUAGCAAUUGGGUCCUUAUUAUGCCAUGUUACAUCCUUAUGUUGGACCUGGAGGCAAAUCGCCGCUUUUGGUAUCAUCCCAUGUGCAAUUUCUGUUGUCUUGACGUUUAUUUACCCUGAGAGUCCUGCUUUCUUGGCUAUGUUAGGAAAGUAUGAAGAGUGCAACAAAGCUCAUUUAUGGCUUCAUGGAGAAAGUGUGAACAGUAGAAGAGAUAUUGAAGAAUUAAUAUCCAUACAAAAAGAAAGGAGAAAUGUAAAUAAAUACAGCAAAAACAAAGUGACAAUAAUAAAAACGAAGUCCAAGAAAAUGCUUCAGCGAGAUUUUAUUAAACCUUUCGUAAUAGUCUCUUUACUAACAGUGAUUGUUGACGCAUGUGGAAGAAUUUACAUGAUGGCGUAUAUCGUGCAAAUCUUAAAAGAAAUAACUGGGGACAAGUUAGUAGCAUCAUACUGCACUAUUGGGGCAGAUAUAUUAGCAUUGGUCGCGUUAUCUAUAUCAUGUGUUAUCAUCAGACGUUUCAAUCGACGUGCCAUUUUAUUUACAACAAGUAUUAUGUCUAUUGGUUUAAUGUUUUUAAUAAGUUUACUUAUGUAUUUGAAGACUAAUAGCAACAAUGUUGGUAUUAUAAAUUGGUUGACUCCAGCAAUAAUUUUGCUGAACAUAUUUCUCAUCAAUAUUGGAGUCAUACCAACUAGUUUUACGAUUAUUGGUGAAAUAUUUCCAUUAGAGCAUAAAGGUUCUGGAUUAUGUGCAUCUGGUGUAAUAUUUACUGUUCUCUACAUACUAGUUAUGAAAUUUACUCCUGUGAUGAUAGAGGAAACAGGAAUUGAAGGUACCUUCGCAAUAUUUGGUUUAUGUAUGAUUAUUAGCAUAGUUAUAUUAUAUUUUAUUCUAAAUGAAACUAAAGAUAAAACUUUACAGGAAAUUGAAAAUCAAAUAAGAGGCAUUGAAAAGCCUGGACUGAAUAAAAUGUUAAUUGAAAUGGAA